ACUCCUCAUGGCGGCGGCUGCUGUUGGGCUGCAGUGGGGCGGUGACUGAACUGGUGCCUGGCGGGCGUGCGCCGAGCCCGGCCUGGCCUCCGCGUGCCCUCCAGGCUCUGCACCCCUGAUGCUGCUCGGGUGCUGACCCCGCCCGGCCGGGACAAUGGUGAAGUAUUUCCUGGGCCACAGCGUGCUCCGGAGUUCCAGGGACCAAGUAUUCGCUGCCUUCUGGCAGCGGUACCCGAAUCCCUACAGCAAACAUGUCUUGACGGAAGACACAGUGCACCGGGAGGUGACCCCUGACCAGAAGCUCCUGUCCCGGAGACUCCUGACCAAGACCAACAGGAUGCCCCGCUGGGCCGAGCGACUGUUUCCUGCCAAUGUCGCUCACUCAGUGUACAUCCUGGAGGCUUCUAUUGUGGACCCCCAGAACCAGACCAUGAACACCUUCACCUGGAACAUCAACCACGCCCGGCUGAUGGUGGUGGAGGAACGAUGUGUUUGCUCUGUGAACUCUGAUAACAGCGGCUGGACCGAAAUCCACGGGGAAGCUUGGGUCUCCUCUAGCUUAUUUGGCGAUUCCAGAGCUGUCCAGGAAUUUGGUCUCGCCCGGUUCAAAAGCAAUGUGACCAAGUCAAUGAAGGGUUUUGAGUACAUCUUGGCCAAGCUGCAAGGUGAGGCCCCUUCCAAAACCCUUGUUGAGACAGCCAAGGAGGCCAAGGAGAAGGCAAAGGAGACGGCACUGGCAGCUACAGAGAAGGCCAAGGACCUUGCCAGCAAGGCAGCCACCCAGAAGCAGCAGCAGCAGCAGCAGCAGUUCGUGUAGCCAGCGCAGACCCUGUGUGGCAGCACACCACACCACCUGCUGCACUCCCUCUGCCCUCCCCUCUGUAUUUUAUUAUUAAAAGUCAACUUCCAGCCUGA